AUGGCAGACAGCUUUAAUUCGAGUGGAUAAUUUUAUAAUUUUGUUGGAACAGCUGGUACAGCAGAUUUUAUGCCAGGAUCAGGCUAAGAAUAAUAGUUUAAAAUAUUAAUAAUAAAUUAGAUUGAGUUUCGGAAGAAAUUAUUUAGGAUAUAAUGAUUAAUAAGUAGGAAGUUUUUAAAAUAACUUCCAUUAAUCAUAAUUGAUAGAUUCAGAAGUUAAAAAUAGUCUAGAUUAAUUUUUUGAAAUGAAAAUAGAAGAUGUUAGAUUAGAUAAUUUAUUAAUACAGGAAGAAUCUUCAAAUCAAUAAAAAUUGAAAUAAUCCAUACAUUCAGAUGUGAAUAGUAGAUCUCAAUAUUCAGGAGAUCAAGAAUUCCGAUUAGGUUAUAAUGAUCCCUAUUAUAAAUAGAAUCAGCAGAAUAAAUUAAUAGUAAGUUUAAACCUGAAGUUAAAAUGCUAAUUCCUCAAAAUUAGGGUAAAAGCAUAUAUCGUGAAAAGAUUGAUUCAUUAUUAGAAAAGCGAACCUCUAACAAUAACUCAGUAUCCCCUUCAAUUACUCCAAGAUCUUCUAAAAGUCAAUAAAAAUUAGAGAGAAAACGAUCUUAAAAUCUUUAGAAUGAGAAUUCUAAUGAUAUGGCAGAUCCUACUCAAUUGAAAUUAGCUAAAAAUAGAGAAUCUGCUAAAAAUUCAAGAGAAAGAAAAAAAAUAUAUUAAUAAUUAUUAGAAAAAUAAGUACAAGAAUUAUAGAUAGAAAAUGAAAAGUUAAGGGAUAUAUGCAAAAAUUAAGCUUAAUCAAUGGAAAUAGUAAAUAAAAAGACUUAAAAAGUAUGCUGUUGAAUAUUAUAUUAGUUUUAAUUGUUUUUGGAAUAGUAACAGUAAAUGUUUGAGAAAUUGGAAUUAUGUAUAAUAAAAAAAGCUAGUUUUGAUGAAAUUGGAAUAAUAAUGGAUGCUUUAAGAUAUAGAAUAUAAUCAAAUUCAUAAGAAAGAAAUGAUACUGCUAGAGUGUAUUUUGAUAGUAUAGCAGAAAUAAUGUUGCCUAUGUAGGUUAAAUAUUUAUUAUAUGCAUGUUAAAAUUCGAAAGAUAUGUUUGCAAAUACUGACUAGUAUAAUAUUGAUAUUAUUCUAUAUUUAUAGAGAUUACAGUGAAUGGUUGAAAGAAGGGUUUGAAAGUACAAAAGUGAAUUUUGAGAAUUUCACCAAACUCAAAAAAUUUUAGACAAAGGUUUAAUAAUUAAAAUAAAAUAUUUCUAAGUAAUAAAUAAAUUAAUUAAUUUUUAUAGUUCUUUAGAUAAAAUAAAGAAUGAAAUAAAAUCUAUCUAAGAUUAAGCUUCUAAAUUGGAUUAAGUUUGGGAUUCUUUAAAAUCAAUAUUAAAUCCAUUGUAAUUAGGUACUUUAAUGUGUUCACUGUAUCAUGUAAUAAAAUAUAAUAAUAAUAAAUAGAAUAUUUAUAGAAAUGAAUUAUAGACAAGCACAUUGUUUAAUUAAUUAAAGAAUUCUUAGGCAGAAGAUGAUGAUUUUUCAUUUAAAAUAGAGGAAGAAAUAAAUUAUGGAACAAAUAAAAUGGUUAAAAGGUGUUGAGAAUUAUAAAACUUAUAUAAUUAAAUUAUUAUUUUGUUUCAGUGAACAUAAGAGAAUGGCUGAUUAAAAAGUUGUUUCUGUCUUCGAUUUUGGAAAAAUAAGAAAUAAAUUUUGGUAACCAUGUGAUAAAUCUGUGUUAGAUGUACAUAUAAUGAAUAAUAUUUAUAUAAGUCUUAAUCUUUUUUAGUUGAAUAAGAUUUCUUGACAGCAGGAAAAGUUAUGGUAAAACAAAUAUUAAUAGUGCUUGGAUUAGAAUAUAUUUAUAAAGUUAGUACUAAUAAGUUAAAAUGUGCUCCUCUUGCUACAAUGCAUUUAAGUUUUAUUGAUCCUGGGGCUGAUCAUAUGGUUUAAUUGAAUUCUGAUGAACAAUAAUUUGGAUUGAAAUUGACCUAUCAAACUAAAACUUUAGAUAUCUUUCUCUCUGACAAAUCUUUAUAUGAUUAGUGGAAACAGCAUUUCAGACGAGUUUGCUUAUUAGAGAAUUUUCAUGAUGCUUUUAUGGUUUCAAAAUUAAUUGGAAAAGGAAGUUUUGCUAAAGUGUAUUUGGCAACUAGAAAAGAGAAUAAUUAAUAGUAUGCUAUCAAAGCAUUUAGUAAAUCCUUUAUGUAAUAACAACAUAAAGGAAUUGAAAGCUUAUUAAAUGAAAUGCAAGUUAUGAGAAAAUUAAAUCAUCAAAACAUAGUUAAAUUGCAUGAAGUACAUGAAACAACUAAUUCAGUUUACUUUGUUGUAGACAUAAUAACUGGUGGUGAAUUGCUUUAACGAGUCAGAGAAACAGGUUUUCAAUUCAGUAAUUUUUAGGCUUUCUACCAGCUGAAACUCUCUAGAGAUUAGCUUAUAAUUUGUUAUCAGCAUUAAAUCAUUUGCAUCAAUUUAAAAUUGCUCAUAGAGACUUGAAACCUGAAAAUUUGUUAUUACGUUCCAAUGAAAAUAAUUAUGAUAUUAUAUUAGCAGAUUUUGGUUUAGCAGCAUAAUUAACAGAUGAAAAUAUCUUAUUCAAAAGAUGUGGAACACCAGGUUUUGUUGCACCUGAAAUCUUAGAAUAUAUGGAAGGUUAGUAAUUUUAUGAUGAAAAAUGUGAUGUUUUUAGUGCUGGUGUUAUACUAUAUCUCUUAAUAGUAAUUAUUUCUAUUAUAAUUAAAUAAAGACUGGAGGUUAACCAUUUACUGGAAAAGAUUAAAAAGCAAUACUUAAGGCUAAUAAAGAUUGCCAAAUUGAUUUUGAAGAUUCUCUCUUUAAAUCUGCCCCUAUUUAAAUGUAAGAUCUUAUGAAAUCCAUGUUAUAAAAGAAGCCUUCUAAUAGAUUGAGUUCUACUGAAGUAAAGAUAUUGUUAUUUUUAGUGUUUAAGACAUCCAUAUUUCAAAGAAUUAGUUAAGUAAGAAUAAAUUAAAUAGGAGAAAUACUAAAGUAAUUUGACAGAUUAUAAUUAAUAAUUCAAAAAUAAUGUAAGAGCAGGUUCUAUAGAUCUAACUUUGGAAUAAAGAUAACCAGCAUUUACAGGAAAUAUGAACUCAAUAGAAUCAAUCAGUUGUGUUUCAAAUGGUUCAUUUGCUAAAAUUGAAAUGAAAGCACCUUCUGUUGUUGGAGCUUCAAAAUUUAGUUAAUAUAGUUCUCGUUUGAAUCGAUUAGGUUCUAGAGAUAUAUCUGGUAAUUAAACUAUUCUAUUCUAGAUAUACCAACUACAUAAUUACAAAAGACUGAAUCAAAAAAACACAUAGAUCUACAUAGAAUUGCUAUUUAAAAUUCUCAUAGAAAAUAAAUUAUUGAUUAAUUUGAAGAUCAACCUGUACAUCAAGAAAACUCAGAUGUAUCUGAUAUGGUUAGAUUAUAUAAUUCAACAAGAUAAAUUCGAAUCCCUGACAAUUUAACUUAAUUGUCCUAAACAAACAAAUAAGCAUCUACUCCAACUACUAAAGGCAAACAGAAUUCAUGA